UUUACCUCUCUUUCUCUAGUUCUUCAUUGCCCUCUCAGCGGCACAGAAUAAAAACUCAAAUAGAGAGGGAAUUAAUAAUAAAAAAAAAAAAAAAUUCAAAACCCAAAGCCCCACAAAAAGAAGAAUCAGAGCAAGCAAAUGGGUAUCAAAGAUCUUCUCAGAUUCAUGAAACCUUACAUCAAACCCAUUCACAUAAAGAAGUACGCCGGAAUGCGCGUGGGUAUCGAUGCAUAUUCAUGGCUUCAUAAAGGAGCGUAUUCGUGUAGUAUGGAGCUGUGUCUGAACUCAGAUGGUGAGAAGAAAUUACGAUACAUCGACUACUUUAUGCACAGAAUCAAUCUGCUUCGUCAUUAUAAGAUAACCCCAGUUGUCGUUUUUGAUGGUGCCAAUAUCCCCUGUAAAGCUCUUACUGAGCAAGAUCGCCAUAGGAGAAAAACAACUAAUCGUGAUCUAGCAAUGGAGAAGCUCAAAGAAGGGAAUGUCAGUGCUGCUUCUGAGUUCUUUCAGAGAGCAGUGAGUGUCACUCCGUCCAUGGCACAUCAACUGAUUCAGGUUUUGAGAUCUGAAAAUAUUGAAUUCGUAGUAGCUCCAUAUGAGGCUGAUGCACAGUUGGCGUACCUCUCCAGCCUUGAGGUAGAAAAAGGUGGAAUUGUGGCGGUGAUUACGGAGGACAGUGAUCUUAUAGCCUAUGGUUGCAAAGCUAUUGUAUUUAAGAUGGAUCGGUUUGGCAAUGGUGAAGAAAUACUGCUACACAAUGUUUUUGAUUCUGCAUCUUGUACACCUUCGUUUCGAAAUUUCGACAACGAAUUGCUCACAGGUAUGUGUGUGUUAGCUGGAUGUGAUUUCCUUCCCUCUGUUCCUGGAAUUGGAAUAGUGAAAUCUCAUGCAUUGGUAUCCAAGUAUCUGAAUUUAGACCGCGUUCUAUCAGUUCUGAAACUUGAGAAGAGAAACCAAAUGCCUGAGGGUUAUCCCAAAUCUUUCAGAGAAGCGCUUGCAGUUUUCCAGCAUGCUCUGAUAUACGAUUUGGACAUCAAAAAGCUCAAACACAUGAGACCUCUUCCAGAAAUGCUUCUGGAAUCCCUAGAUGGGAACCUCGAUUUUUUGGGACCCGAAAUCCCUCCAUCAGUUGCCAUUGCAAUCGCUGAAGGAAAUGUGGAUCCAAUCAGUAUGGAGGCCUUUGACCGUUACUCAAGUUCAAGACGUCUUCAGGAUCCUCCUGUUAAGAUCCAAACUUCAGGUAGACUGCCAAGAGUCGAGGCUCUCGUGGAAUCUGCAAGAGAGAGCUGCUUUGUGGCCUUCUCAAACCAAAAAGCCAGAGAGACAGAUGAUACAGGCAAGUUAUACAAACUUCUGACCAACUCUUUGCUGCAGAAUCCAAUUCCAAAUGAAAAGAAGUGUAUUAACAAAGUUGAAGCACUUCAGAAGUUAAUCAUGCCAUCCACAAUUCGUGAAGCGGUUCAAACUAAAACAGUAACCAACGUCCCGUUAAAGGUUCCUGACAACAAUCCAUUCAAGAGACGGAAAUUCGACCAAAAUCAUGUAGAUCAAAUAGGAAGUCAAGUUUCAUGUUCAACCCAGGUUGAAGAUUUAGACAAUUCUGCUAUCUCUAACAGUACUAACAUAUACCAGGAAGUUCGUAAGAAUGGUGUCUCUAGGAAAAGAAAGAUAGAAGAAGUAACUUUAUAUGAGGUAGAAAAAGUUGGUGAACAGAAUUCAGUGGUGACCAAGGAAGAGAAUUCAGAAGUUUUGUGCUUGGUUUCUGAAUCCCAAGAGAGUGUAAAUUCCAAGGCAAGUAAGAUAACUGGUGGUGGGAAGAGUAAAGGGAAAAUUGGGAAACUAAAGACUAAUAGCGUCUCCAAGAGUUCGGAUACUAAAAAGAACAGUAUCUUGAACUUCUUUUCUCGCGUGUAA